AUGGUCGGUGUAAAUCAAAUGAGGGAGGAUUCAAAGCUCAAGUCUAAAACAAUUGAGAAGCUUCCAAUAAGUGCUUCGAGGGAAGGAAAAUGGAAGAGAUUAUGGAAGAAAGUUAAGUAUCAACUUGUAGAGUACCUUUGUUUGCCUAGAUAUUUAAGGGACAAUGAGUUCAUUUUGGGCCAUUACCAUUCGGAAUGGCCUUUGAAGCGAGUUACGCUUAGCGUUGAAAGCCGAUUUGUACAAAUUGUAAGAAUGCCUCCCCUCUUACACAAACUUAGGGAGAAGUUGAAGAGUACAUUGCCUUCAAUUGAUUUGCUUCCAUCACUCUCGGGAUGA